CCUUACAAAUGUGUUUUGUAUAAUUAGUACAUAUUAUUGCGAACUGAAUCCAAAGCCUCCUGUGUCUCCAUUUGCGAAAUAAUUACGCUGCUCCAUGUGAGCUGCCCUUUCGAGCAACGAAAUGACAUGGAACUUUAGAAAAAUGAUUGUGAGUAGGGAUUGGGAGGAAGGUAAAGAAGGGACAAGCAUGGCGAGGAGGCAGAUCUCCGAUCGCCAUGCCCUAUCCUGUGAAGCUCACGAGAUGGAGACACUUUACUCUCAAAACAACAAUGCUAAACAAGUAAAAAGAGAAAACAAAGAGUUUAUAAUAUAGUAUGUCAUCUUUAUCCCUAGCCGUUGUCUUUAUGCUUAACACCUCUCUCUUGUAAAUAAAUUUUGGUCCAAUAUCAAUUUUUAAUCAAAUUUGCCGAUAAAGUACUCUAGAAACAAGCUGCAAUCAAUCCAAAUUCCAGGUUGUCGCGUCGAGGAAUGUCAUGACAGGCAACAGUGACUCUCUUCUUCUGUGUAUGGUUUUCUAACGUAGGUGUAGUUGAAAAGUUGUUCUCAGGAUGCUUGGAAACUUUUCAGUAGGGUUCAUACUUGCAACAGUUCGGCGAGUUAAUUAAUUAAUUAUCAAGUAUUGCAAUAUAUUAUUAAUGAGUAAUUAUCAACAGGCAUAUAUCUAAUCAAGUUGAAUACGACAAACAUUAAAAAUACCUCCACAAAAGUCUAUACGAUUCCAAAUGAUUAGUUUAAAAGCUCAAACCACCCGUGAUUUCACAGACCAAAGAAACAAAGCACCACAGUAGCCAUCCCAAACAGCGAUGAAGCCUUGUCGUGUUCUAGUUAAGUUGUAGUUUACAAUUUUUAGACAACUCUACCUCAUUUGAUUUAUUGAACUUAAUUUCAAAUUAAAAAAAAAAAAAAUUGGGGUUUACGAGUACUAAUGCAGGUGAAGCAUCGCUGUUAUGGACAGCUAACAAAUGGUUCAAAGAAAUCCAGGUUAGAGCAUUUGCAGCAUAUAGCGUACCCUUAGAAACUUUCAAGUGUCAAACCAAUUAUCCAAUCCAAACUAGCUAGCUAGCUAGGCUGGUUUCCAACGACGUUUUCUGCAUUUUUUCUCAUGCGGCUACUUCAUAACUCUUGAGAGAGCAUUGACUAUUGCCACUGGAAUUUUGCUGGCUAACACUACCACCACUUAUUAUUGUUGCUGGCUUUAUACUUUAUGUACCUUUUUUAAGAGCUUAAAUGGGUAUGAGAUAGGGUGGUGUAGUAUGGCGUCCAGCUUUAACCACUCCGUGCCCGCUAUUAAAAAUUUCUAAAAGGUCAAUAUUUGUUAGAUUAUUUGCAUACUGUUUGUAUUAUUUUGUAAAAACAUUUUUUCUGAUGUGCUUUGUUAUUAUACAUAGUUAACUUUUUAACUUCGAUACAAAUCUGUCCGUCACUUUUAUCAUUUCCGAUCUCUUCUUCUUCUUCUUCUUCUUCAAUUGAUAGAUCUUCUUCCUCAUCUCUCUCUCAAUGAAGAAGAAAAAACCGCUACUGUCACAAUCUUUCAAAUGACGAUUCCACCCGCCUUCCUCGCCAUCACCAUCACUCUCAUCCACGUAUCUCUUUUGCCUCCAACCGUCGUUUACGGCCUUGGCACGGCGUCCACCACCGCAGUCGCCUACGGCACUACAACAGUCUGUGGCAUCGUGGCCGCUGAGCCCACCCAGAGAAUCCAAUGCUACCAAAAUGGCCAAAUCAUUUCAAUCCAACCCAAUAUUUCCUUUGAAGCCAUCUCAGGUGGCGGCAGCUUCUUCUGCGGCCUCAUGUCCGGUGGCCUCAGCCUCCUCUGUUGGGACACUAGCUCAUCCAACUCCAGCUUUAAACCAAAACGUAUAUAUAAUAGUAACACGGUCAAACUCACGGACCUAACGGUGGGUGAUGCUCAAGUUUGUGCCCGAGAGGUCAACUCUGGAAUGGUCAAGUGCUGGAGAGGAAGUAAUAAUGGUAUUUCUAAAUUCCAACCACCCGGUGAAGCAUUGAGGUUUCGUGCAAUCACAUCUGGGAGUGGGUUUUCAUGUGGGAUUUUGAAGCUCAACAGCAGAGUUCUAUGUUGGGGAAGUGGUUAUCUCGGAUACGAGAUUCAGGUACAGUUUGCCAAUUUGUCAAUGUCGAGCUUAGUUGCUGGAGAGUAUCAUGUCUGUGGUUUGACAACGACUGGGAGUUUGGUUUGUAAAGGGCACAAUGAUUCGAAUCAACUGAAUGUUCCUUUUAGCUCCGCUUAUCAGUUUUCUGGUCUGGCGUUGGGAGCAGACUUUACAUGCGCUAUUGGGGUAAGAAAUGGAAUGGUGGUAUGCUGGGGAGGAAAAAAUGGAAACGAAUUUGAGAGCAAUGCGAUUGAAAACAUUUCAUUUGAAUCUAUUGUUGCAGGUUUAGAUUUUGUAUGCGGGUUGACAACGAGUAAUCUGUCGAUUAUUUGUUGGGGACCAGGGUGGUCUAAUCUCCCAAGUGAGAUUCCACUGAGAAGGAUGAUUCCGGGUCCAUGUCUUCAGGCUUCUUGUAGCACAUGUGGUACGUAUCCAGAUUCUGAAGCUCUGUGUAAUGGGUCUGGGAAUAUAUGCAAGUCUUGCGAGAUUGAACUCCCAGUUGCAGUGCCAGUGCCGCCGGUAGCAUCAUGGCCAGCUUCUCCACCAACCAAAGCGAGGAACAAGGUUUCAUUGGCUUUUGUGGUUGUUGGAUCAGUUGGCAUUUUUGCGGGCAUUUGCACAAUUAUCUUUUGUUUACGGGCUGCCCUAUGCGGUUUCUUGCCCAUGAAUGUGCGUAAUUCUGUGCAACGCCCGAGUGCUGAGGCCAAUGCGGAUAAUGCUGCUGCUAUGCCUCACUUUGGUUCUAGUGUCCCAACUUCAAGAUCAUAUUCCAUCAAGCGCCAAGCCUCUGUCACUUUGAGGAGGCAGAGAAGUGGGUCAUCUAUAUCAUCCAAAAAUGGGGACAGGACCCAGACAUUUUCUUUCUCAGAGCUUUCCACUGCCACCAACAACUUCUCAUUGGAGAACAAAAUUGGUGCUGGCAGCUUUGGCAGUGUUUACAAAGGUAAGCUCGAGGAUGGCCGCGAAGUGGCCAUCAAAAGGGCAGAAAUUUCCGUCAAAACCAAGAAAUUUCAGGAAAAAGAAAUCGCAUUCGACUCUGAAUUGGCAUUGUUGUCUCGGCUCCACCACAAACAUUUAGUGGGGUUAGUCGGAUUCUGUGAGGAAAAGAACGAGAGGCUUUUGGUUUACGAGUACAUGAGCCAUGGUGCACUGCGUGACCAUUUGCACGACGAAAAAAAUGUUGAAAAUACUAGCAGCAUUUUGAAUUCUUGGAAAAUGAGGAUCAAAAUUGCCUUAGAUGCCGCUAGGGGAAUUGAGUAUCUACACAAUUACGCAGUUCCACCCAUAAUUCAUAGAGACAUUAAGUCUUCAAAUAUACUUUUAGAUGCGAAUUGGACUGCGAGAGUGUCCGAUUUUGGAUUGUCUUUAAUAUUGGAGCCAGAAUCUGAACAUGAACCCAUGUCAACCAAGGCUGUUGGAACAGUUGGCUACAUAGAUCCUGAGUACUAUGUCUUAAACGUUUUGACAGCAAAGAGUGAUGUCUAUGGUUUUGGGGUGGUCUUGUUUGAGCUUUUGACAGGGAAGAAAGCUGUGUUCAGGAAUGAUCAAGACAAUGGGACGAGUCCCAUGAGCGUGGUGGAGCAUGCCGGGCCACUCAUAUUGGAGGGAGAGCUGCAAAAGGUAUUGGAUAGAAGGGUUGGGCCGCCGGAAAUGAACGAGUUGGAGGCAGUUCAGGUGGUGGCUUACAUUGCUACUUCUUGUGUGAACUUGGAGGGAAAGGAAAGACCUAGCAUGAGUGAUAUUGUUACCAAUUUGGAAAGGGCACUGGCACUUUGUGAGGACCAUGCAGACUGUAGCCUCUCUCCUACUACAUUGUCCUUUCAUUCAGACUGAAAUUUCUAACCCAAAAAAGAACUCCAUGUAAUCUUUCUUUUUCGUCCAUUUUUUUAAUGGUAAUAUGUUUUUAACUAUAA